UUGGGAGGCAGGCGUGAAGUGACGAUGGCGGAGCGCUUCGAACUUAAAACCGCGAACGAAGUGCUAGAGCAUUUCAAAGUGAAUGAAACCGACGGGUACAACGACGCUCAGGUCGAAGAAGCCCGUCAAAUUUACGGCUGGAAUGAACUCGACAAGGAAGAGCCAACUCCGCUGUGGAAACUUGUGUUGGAGCAAUUCGAAGAUGCUCUGGUUCGCAUUCUUCUGGGUGCGGCGACGGUCUCGUUUGUUCUCGCUUGGUUGGACGAAGACAGUCAUGGCGAAGGAAUCGGCGCGUACGUCGAACCCUUGGUGAUCCUUGUGAUCUUGAUUCUCAACGCCAUUGUUGGUGUGUGGCAAGAAGCCAACGCCGAAUCUGCGUUGGAAGCGUUGAAGAACUUGCAGCCUGAAAAUGCGCGCGUCCUUCGCAACGGUGUCAUGACAACAUUGGCUGCGCGCGACUUGGUGCCAGGCGACGUUGUGGAAAUUCGAGUGGGGGACAAGGUCCCUGCCGACAUGCGUUUGAUUUCGCUCAAGACGACCGCCAUGCGCGCCGAGCAAUCCCAGAUGACGGGGGAAAGCGUGAGCGUGAACAAGGAGAUCGACGAACUUCCCGCGGGCACCGAAGACAUCAUCCAAGCCAAGUCAAACAUGUUAUUCGCGGCCACGGUGAUUGUGAACGGGUUGGGUCGUGGCGUGGUGGUGAAGACUGGCAUGAAGACGGAAAUCGGUCAAAUUCAACAGAGUGUCCAGGACGCAUCGGAAGAGGAGGAGUCGACGCCACUAAAGAAGAAGCUGGACGCGUUUGGCGAGCAACUGUCGAAAGUGAUUGGCGUCAUCUGCUUGGUCGUGUGGCUGAUCAACUACAAGAACUUUUUCGACCCGAUCCACGGAUCCGUGUUCAAGGGAUGCAUCUACUACUUCAAGAUCGCCGUCGCGCUGGCCGUGGCCGCCAUCCCCGAAGGGCUCCCCGCGGUCAUCACGACCUGCUUGGCACUCGGCACCAAGAAGAUGGCGGCGAAAAACGCCAUCGUGCGCAAGCUGCCAUCCGUGGAAACCCUGGGCUGCACCACGGUCAUUUGCUCAGACAAGACGGGCACGCUCACGACCAACGAAAUGUCGUGCGUCACGUUUUCGCACGCCGGGGCGUCGGAAACUGACUUGAUCUCGUACGACGUGGAAGGCCACACGUACGCGCCGAUCGGAACCAUUUCUACGCUGUCCCCUGCCAACGACAAGGCCGUCAACAGCGUCGCAGCAGUCUGCGCGUUGUGCAACGAGUCCACGAUCGAGUACGAUAACGGCAAGUACGUCCGCGUGGGCGAGCCGACGGAAGCCGCGUUGCGCGUGCUCACAGAGAAGAUUGGCGUGCCCGACAAGUCGACGCAUGCGUCGGUCGCGGCGCGGCGCCAGUCGGACCCGGCGUCGGUGGUGCAACAUGCCAACACGUACUGGCUGGACACGUACAAGAAGCUGGCGACAUUGGAGUUUUCCCGCGACCGCAAGUCCAUGUCUGUGCUGUGCGCGCAAGCAACCGACAUUAGCCGCCGGGCCACGCGAUCGACGCCCGCCACGCAAAACGUGCUGUUCGUCAAGGGCGCCCCCGAGGGGCUCUUGACGCGGUGCUCGCAUGUGCAACUACACGACGGCCGCGUGGUCCCGUUUACGGACAAGGGGCGCCAAGCCGUGUUGGCCAAGGUCACGACCAUGGCCCAAAAGAGUUUGCGGUGCCUGGCGUUGGCCAAGAAGGAGGACUUGGGCGACUUGAGCACGUACGACGGCGACCGCCGCCACCCGUCGCACAAGAAGCUCGAAUCGACAGACAACUUUGCCCAGAUCGAGUCCAACUUGACGUUUGUGGGGCUCGUGGGCAUGGAAGACCCGCCCCGUCCCGAAGUGCGUCCGAUGAUCCAAGUGUGCGCGAGCGCGGGCAUCCGGGUGAUCAUGAUCACGGGGGACAACAAGCUCACUGCCGAGUCGGUGUGCCGCAAGAUCGGCAUCUUCACGGAGACCGAGGACGUGUCUCAAAAGUCGUUUACCGGCGCCGAGUUUUUUGGGCUGCCGACGGCCAAACAAGUCGAGUUACUCGCGAGCAAGGACGGCAACGGCAUGGCGUUCUCGCGCACGGAGCCCAAACACAAGCAAUUGCUGGUCAAGAUGCUAAAGCAAGCGGGGGAAGUGGUGGCGAUGACGGGGGACGGCGUGAACGACGCCCCGGCGCUCAAGCAGGCCGACAUUGGGAUUGCCAUGGGGAUCUCGGGCACGGAGGUCGCCAAGGAGGCGGCGGACAUGGUGCUGGCGGACGACAACUUCGCCACGAUCGUGUCGGCGGUGGAAGAAGGGCGGUCGAUCUACAACAACAUGCAGUCGUUCAUCCGGUACCUGAUUUCAUCCAACAUUGGCGAAGUCGCAGCCAUCUUCUUCACGGCGGCCCUCGGCUUCCCCGAAGGACUCAUCCCCGUCCAGCUGCUGUGGGUCAACUUGGUCACGGACGGGCCUCCCGCCACGGCGUUGGGCUUUAACCCCGCGGAUAAGGACAUCAUGACCAAGCCGCCGCGCCGGGCCAACGACGACCUGAUCAACAAAUGGACGUUCUUCCGCUACAUGGUGGUCGGCGUGUACGUCGGGUUUGCGUGUGUGGGCGUGUUUGGGCACUGGUACAUGUUCUACGACGGAUCGAACGACGGCCACUCGUUGAUCACGUUCGACCAGCUGACCCACUUUGGCAAAUGUGCAACGUGGACCGACUUUCACGUAAACAACUUCAACGGCCUCGACUUUUCGCAGGACCCGUGCGCGUACUUUACGACGGGCAAAGUGAAGGCGUCGACGCUGUCGCUGUCGGUGCUCGUGGCGAUCGAAAUGUUCAACGCGCUCAACGCAUUGUCGGAAGACGGCAGCUUGUUCACGAUGCCGCCGUGGUCCAACCCGUACUUGAUCGUGGCCAUGGUAGUGUCGUUCGGGUUGCACUUUUUGAUCCUGUACGUGGACUGGCUCGCCGAGAUCUUCAGCGUGUGCCCGUUGGAUUUCAACGAGUGGCUGCUCGUGCUCGCGUAUUCGCUGCCCGUGAUCCUCCUCGACGAAAUCCUCAAGAUGUUUGGUCGGCACAUGGCGGCAAGGGAAUUGGCGGCGCGCUUGAAGACGAAGAAGCACCUCAAGGAAGACUAAAUAUUCCCACCGUGGGCAUCAAUCAAGCCCCCUAGAUAACGCCUAGCUAGUCAGUCGUCUAUGUGUAGCGAGCGACUGAGCGAUCAUCGAUGCAUGAAAAUCAUCCCCCUUCCUUGACAUGAGUGUUGGUAAAGUGCCCAUGUUAAGGUUACUACUCAGCGAAGCUUGGAUGAAAAUCACCUCUCCUUGCACGACAAGAGGAGCUAUGAGCUGCUUCAUAUGUAAAUAACGUAUUCUGCCACGGGCGACAGAAUAUUUCAUAGCAAAUCAUCCGCCUUGCGCGAA